GGGGCGGUUGAAACUCACGCGCUCGCUCGCUCGUUCGCACUCUCUCUCUCUCUCUCUCUCUCUCUCUCGCUCAGGGUUUUGCUGUUGGAAUCGUGGAAAUUACCAGUUGUGCACUGGGACAAAGCGUCAAACGUCGUUAACGGACGAACAGAUUUAUUUGAAACAACGUUUUUCUCCGCACUGAAGUUAAGCCACGACACUUUUCCCCCUGUAUUGUUCACCUGUCGAGGAUGGAAAACUGAUGGCCUUUCUCAUGCUGGAGGCUAGCAGUUCAGUGUGAAGCUGCAGGAUGAAAAGAUGGCACAGCUGCUUGCACCACCAGGUCCAGACAGCUUCCACCGCUUUAGUCGUGAGUCCCUCAAAACCAUUGAGGGACGGAUUGCUGAGGAGAACGCCAAGAAACCCAAGGGCGAGAAGAAAAAACGCAAUGAUGAGAAUAAGCUCAAGCCCAGCAGUGACCUGGAGGCAGGAAAUUCACUCCCUCUCCUGUAUGGGGACAUUCCUAAAGGCAUGGUGUCGACACCGCUGGAAGAUCUCGACCCCUACUACUGUAAUCAGAAAACUUUCAUAGUAUUAAACAAAAGAAAGGUCAUCUUCCGCUUCAAUGCCGCUCCUGCCUUGUACCUCCUGAGCCCCUUCAACCCUCUUAGAAGAAUAUCAAUUUGGAUUUUGGUACACUCAUUGUUCAGUGUGGUGAUCAUGUGCACCAUCCUCACCAACUGUGUAUUUAUGACACUGACCAGACCGCCUGAUUGGACAAAGAAUGUAGAGUAUACAUUCACUGCAAUAUAUACCUUUGAAUCCCUUGUUAAAAUUUUAGCUCGAGGGUUCUGUAUAGGAAAGUUCACAUUUCUAAGAGAUCCCUGGAACUGGCUGGAUUUCUGUGUCAUUGUUAUGGCGUAUGUAACAGAGUUUGUAAACCUAGGCAAUCUUUCAGCUCUUCGCACAUUCAGAGUGCUGAGAGCUUUCAAAGCUAUUUCAGUUAUCCCAGGCCUGAAGACCAUUGUCGGUGCGUUGUUCCAGUCAGUGAAGAAGCUUUCCGAUGUGAUGAUCCUCACCGUCUUCUGCUUAAGCGUCUUUGCCCUCAUAGGGUUACAGUUGUUUAUGGGCCAUUUAAAGCAAAAGUGUCUACUGUGGCCAACAAACAAAACAUUACAGGAAAACUGGACUGAGUACUCGCUCAAUGAGAGUAAUUAUUAUUUUAUUCCAGGAAAACUAGAUCCAUUGCUUUGUGGAAAUGGCAGUGAGGCUGGGCAGUGUCCGGAGGGGUACACAUGCAUGAGAGUGGGAAGGAAUCCAGACUAUGAUUACACCAGCUUUGACUCAUUUGGUUGGGCCUUCCUUUCUCUGUUUCGACUGAUGACACAGGAUUACUGGGAGAAACUUUACCAACAGACGUUGCGGGCAGCUGGGAAGCCCUACAUGGUGUUUUUUGUACUAGUGAUAUUCCUUGGUUCCUUCUACCUGGUCAACCUGAUCUUGGCUGUAGUAGCUAUGGCCUAUGAGGAGCAGAGCCAGGCCACCAUUAAGGAGGCGAAGGAGAAGGAGGAGGAGUUUCAGAUCAUGCUGGAGCAGCUGAAAAGGCAGCAAGAGGAUGCUCAGGCAGCAGCAACUGCGGCUGCUACUGAAGGUGGGGAGGUCAGUGACAAAGCCGGCGGCGCUGAGAGCUCAUCUGACGCCUCCAAGCUCAGCUCAAAAAGUGCCAAAGAGAGACGCAACAGGCGAAAAAAAAAAAAGGAAGAGGAAGGCAAAGGGGCUGGUGAGAAGUUUCCUAAAUCCAACUCACAGGACAGUAUAAAGAAAGCUCGCUGCCGCUUCACCGUGGAAGCAAACCUGCUCAACUAUGACAUGAAAUGCUCGACUGCACAUCAGUCCUUUCUGAGUUUUCGUGGACCCCUGUUCUCAUCCAGACGGAACAGCAGGAGCAGCGUUUUCAGUUUCCGAAGCCAAGCACAGGACGCGGGGUCAGAGACUGACUUUGCUGAUGAUGAGAACAGUAUUUUUGAGGACAACCUGAGUCGGAGGGGUUCUUUAUUUCUUCCCCGGAGGUUUGAUCGACGCAGCAGCAGUAUGAGCCAGUGCAGCUUCUUGCCACAUCUCCUGCUUCCACCCAAUGGGAUCAUGCACAGCUCUGUAGACUGCAAUGGGGUUGUGUCUCUGGUGGGUGGGAAUUCUAUCCCAUCGUCACCUGUGGGGCUCCUUCUGCCUAAAGUGACAGUAGAUAUGGCCUCCACCGGAGACAAUGCUGACACCACUGACACAGAGUACAGACAGGCUGGUGGAGGUACAAACCAGGAGUUUAUGGACUUCCUUGAUGGCCCAGAGGCCAGACAGAGAGCUCAUAGUAUAGCUAGUGUGAUUACCAGCACAAUGGAGGAGCUUGAAGAGUCAAGGCAGAAGUGUCCUCCUUGCUGGUACGAUUUUGCCCACACCUUCCUCAUCUGGGAAUGUUGUCCAGCAUGGAUAAAGAUCAAGAAGGUGGUCAAACUAAUUGUGAUGGACCCAUUCGUGGACCUAACCAUCACCAUCUGCAUUGUGCUCAAUACAUUGUUUAUGGCCAUGGAGCAUUAUCCAAUGACCCCUUUUUUUAACGGGAUGCUGGCUGUGGGCAAUCAGGUAUUCACUGGCAUCUUCACUGCUGAAAUGGUCCUCAAGAUCAUUGCAUUGGACCCAUACUAUUACUUUCAGGAAGGGUGGAAUAUUUUUGAUGGAAUCAUCGUUAGUUUAAGCUUGAUUGAGCUUUGUUUGGAAAACGUGGUUGGCAUGUCUGUUCUGAGAUCGUUCAGAUUGCUGAGAGUAUUCAAGUUGGCUAAAUCAUGGCCCACUCUUAACACACUGAUCAAAAUAAUUGGUAAUUCAGUGGGGGCUUUGGGCAACCUGACCCUAGUACUGGCUAUUAUCGUCUUCAUCUUUGCUGUGGUGGGCAUGCAACUGUUUGGAAAAAGCUACAAGGACUGUGUGUGUAAAAUCUCUGCCGACUGCACUCUGCCCCGAUGGCACAUGAGUGACUUCUUCCAUUCAUUCCUCAUUGUGUUCCGAGUGCUUUGUGGAGAGUGGAUAGAAACCAUGUGGGACUGUAUGGAGGUGGCUGGGACAGCCAAGUGCAUCAUUCUCUACAUGAUGGUCAUGGUUAUUGGAAACCUUGUGGUGCUGAACCUGUUCCUGGCCCUGCUGCUGAGCUCAUUCAGUGCCGACAACCUGGCAGCGACAGAGGACGACAGUGAGACGAACAAUUUGCAGAUUGCCAUUGGACGGAUUCAAAAAGGCAUCGCCUUCGCCAAGUCCCUGCUUCGAAGCAGCUGUAACAGCGUCUGUCUCAGGAAUAAGAAGAAAGGGAAGGGUGAUGAAAAAUCUCUAGAUGAGCUCCACAAACCUUUAGGACCGAAUGGUGUCCCCAACCAUACCAUCAAAGACUUUCCUAAGAAUGGCAACGGGGAUGUGAUCGGAGUGGACAAAAAUGGAGACAAGUACAUAGUCAGCAGCAAGAGUGAUGACUCUAUUAUGUCUUUCAUCAACAAUCCUAGUCUGACUGUCACAGUUCCUAUUGCUGUGGGAGAGUCUGACUUUGAAAACCUCAACACAGAGGACUUCAGCAGUGCCUCAUCUGAUCUACCAGGAUGCCAUGUGAUUGUCGAUGACGAUGGGCAGGACAGCUCCUCUGAGGGCAGCACAGUGGAAGAUGCAGCACUUGGGGAGGGAGGAGAGUCUACAGACUUUGAACUAGAAGAAGCUAUGGAUCCUGAUGCCUGCUUUCCUGACGGCUGCGUGCAAAAGUUCCAGUUUUGUCAGGUAAAUGUGGACGUGGGCUGGUGGAAGGUGUGGUGGACGCUACGAAAGACCUGUUACCGAAUAGUGGAGCACAACUGGUUUGAGAGCUUCAUCAUCUUCAUGAUCUUGCUCAGCAGUGGAGCACUGGCUUUCGAAGACAUCUACAUUGAGAAGAGGAAGACCAUUAAAACGGUGUUGGAGUUUGCAGAUAAAAUCUUCACUUACAUCUUCAUUCUGGAGAUGUUAUUGAAGUGGGUGGCGUACGGAUUUGCCAAGUACUUCACAAAUGCCUGGUGCUGGCUGGACUUCCUCAUUGUUGAUGUCUCACUGGUCAGUAUGGUAGCCAACGCCAUGGGAUGCUCUGACCUCGGUGCCAUCAAGUCUCUGAGAACCCUGCGAGCUUUGAGGCCCCUGAGAGCAUUGUCACGGUUCGAGGGCAUGAGGGUGGUUGUCAAUGCGCUGCUGGGAGCCAUUCCUUCCAUCUUCAAUGUGCUGUUGGUAUGUCUCAUAUUCUGGCUCAUCUUCAGCAUCAUGGGAGUCAACUUAUUUGCUGGGAAGUACAACUAUUGUGUCAACAGUACCACAGACAGGCGUUUCCUUCCAUCAGAGGUGAAAAACAAGACAGAAUGUGAUGCCUUUGGCAACGAAACUCGCUGGAAGAAUGUCAAAAUCAACUUUGACAAUGUUGGAGUGGGUUACCUGGCGCUGCUGCAAGUGGCUACUUUCAAGGGCUGGUUGGACAUCAUGUAUCAUGCUGUGGACUCUCAAAGCAAGCCACAAGAACAACCUGAGUAUGAGAUCAACCUGAAGAUGUACGCGUAUUUUGUUGUUUUCAUCAUAUUCGGAGCCUUCUUCACACUCAAUCUCUUUAUCGGUGUCAUCAUAGACAACUUCAAUCAGCAAAAGAAAAAGAUAAGAGGCCAAGACAUCUUCAUGACUGAAGAACAGAAGAAAUACUACAAUGCCAUGAAAAAGCUGGGGUCAAAGAAACCACAAAAACCUAUUCCUAGACCGUCAAACAAGAUUCAAGGAUACAUCUUUGACUUCACCACAAAACAAGCUUUUGAUAUUGUAAUAAUGGUUCUAAUAUGGCUUAAUAUGGUAACCAUGAUGGUAGAAACUGCUGACCAGUCAAAAGACAAGAACAAAAUUCUCUACGUGAUCAAUGUAGUAUUCAUCUGCAUGUUCACUGGAGAGUGUCUGUUGAAGAUGAUCUCGCUUCGCCAAUACUAUUUCACAAAUGGCUGGAAUAUAUUCGAUUUCAUCAUAGUCAUUCUGUCGAUCGCUGGCAUGUUUCUCUCAGACCUGAUCGAGAGGUAUUUUGUUUCACCAACCUUGUUCAGAGUCAUCCGAUUGGCUCGGAUUGGCCGCGUCCUCCGACUUAUUAAAAGUGCCAAAGGAAUCCGCACACUCUUGUUUGCCUUGAUGAUGUCACUGCCUGCCUUGUUCAACAUUGGUCUCCUGCUCUUCUUGGUGAUGUUUAUCUAUGCCAUCUUUGGCAUGUCAAACUUUGCUUAUGUGAAGAAGGAAUCAGGCAUAGAUGACCUUUUCAAUUUUGAGACAUUCGGCAACAGCAUGAUCUGUUUGUUCCAGAUCACCACCUCGGCAGGGUGGGAUGGCCUACUAGCUCCCAUUCUCAACAAAAAAGAAGAUGAGUGUAAUGCUAAACUUGAGCAUCCUGGCAGUUAUGUUAUAGGAGACUGUGGAAAUCCGUCUGUUGGAAUUGCCUUCUUUGUGAGCUAUAUCAUCAUCUGUUUCCUAAUUGUGGUGAAUAUGUACAUUGCAGUCAUCCUGGAAAACUUCAGUGUGGCCACUGAGGAGAGUGCGGACCCACUAAGUGAGGAUGAUUUUGAAAUGUUUUAUGAGGUCUGGGAAAGGUUUGAUCCUCAUGCAACACAGUUCAUGGAGUACAAUAAGCUGUCAGAAUUUGCAGAUGCUUUGGAGUCACCGUUACGCAUAGCUAAGCCUAACAAGCUCGAACUGAUCUCCAUGGAUCUACCCAUGGUGAGUGGAGAACGCAUUCACUGCCUGGACAUCCUGUUUGCAUUUACAAAACGUGUUCUAGGUGAGGAUGGGGAGAUGGACAUCCUAAGGGGGCAGAUGGAGGAGCGCUUCAUGGCUUCCAAUCCUUCCAAAGUGUCCUACGAACCCAUCACUACCACUCUCCGCCGUAAACAGGAGGACUUGUCAGCCGUUGUCAUCCAGAGAGCAUAUAGACACUAUGCAAAGAAUCAUGCUGCCAGUAAGCCCACAGCCAGGGAUGAUAUUCAAAAGGAUGAAACGCUCAUUGACAAAGAGGUUGCUGUCACAGACGACCUCAAAAAAAGCGCCAAUAAAAAUGAACUAGCACCCUCAACUGCCUCUCAACCAUCAUGUAACAGUGUGACAACAAAUGGAAAAAACAAAUAUGAAAAAGACAAAAGUGAAAAGGAGGUUGUGGGCAAAGAUGUCAGGGAGCAAGAUAUAUAAAUGAGUCUUGACAAUGACAAAAUGUUUACAACCUUCGAUAGUGACUAAGACAUCCACUGGACUCUCUUCCUUAGUACGGAUAUCUAUGCCAAACUGGCCAUGCUUACUUGAGUCUGAGGGUUGGUGCCUAAAUAGAGAGGUUGCUCAGUCAAGCUGUAGUGGGACUAUUUUGGCUGUGUUCAGGAGCCAGGAUGACUUUUGACUGUUUGUGAUAAUUGGCAACAUUUCUCAAAGUGUUCUGAAAGACACAUUAGUUAAUGGUUUAACUUCUAUUGCAGCUAGUUCUGCUAUCCAGUGUCUUGAAUUAUUGUUAUAUCACUCAUUGUUGUAUUACUUUACUGAAUUAUUUUUCAACCAGAAAAAACAGUUUUAAUGUUAUUACUUUAAGAAUUCAUAGUUUGGUUGAUUGACUUUUUAUACACUUUUUUUUACUCUUCAAAAAGGGUUGUUCCUUCAGGGGUAGUCUUUACAACGAGCAGCAUUGCUUUAAAGGCUAGUCAUGCUAAGUGAUAGCACUUAGGAUACUUGACAAAUCCAAGAGACAGUGUCAGAGUUGCUGCAGUUAACAAAAAACAUGUAGACCUGCAUGAAUGUUUCUCCAUGAUUAUGCAUGCUAGAGUGUACUAUUUUCAUCAGGCUCCCUCCCUGUCCAUCAUGUGUCAUGAUGCAAAGUAUACAGUCAUGGCAUGGCUGUUUUUUUUUAUUUACACACUACGGAAAGAUGACCCAAAUAGCUUAAAGUCCAAACAAAUCCAGCUCAGUACGUCAAGUAAGUUUGAGUAUCAGAGCAGUGACACUUGGCAGAAACACUUUGCACAUUCACAUUUUGUUGAAUCAUCAAAAUAAUUCACAUUCUUCAUCUCAGCCUGCUAUGUGCUAUGUAUGUAGCUACCAUUUAUGAUAUUGCUAAUUAUGUACAAAUUUUAUCAUGAAACUGGGCUAAACAAGAGAAUCCUCCACUGAGGGUUUGUCUUUCAAAGCUGGAAACUGAAGAAAGAGCCUCUGUUGUUUGUACACUUUAACUGACCCUGCUAUAAGUUACCUCACUCAACCAGAAACCUCUGUCAGUCUGAUCUCGGAGAAGAUCAUCUUUAAUAUUGUCUAUUUUUCGGACAUCGACAACACUUAGCAUUUCUGACUCCUCCAUGUGUCUGCCUUGUCUUCAUUUCGUCUGUUUGCUUUCUCAGUCGUUUUUCGAUGAUGAAUCUCAGUGUGUACUCCAUAAUGAUUAUGAAAUUAGAGAAUUUAUGGAGCAUUAUUAUUUAUUACCCGUGAUAUGAAACCAGACAUAUUCUCCAUGUUCUGUUGUAUUCAGGCAGAUAGGAAUUUACAUCCAGCAGGAGCUGUGAGGUGAAAAAUUAUAUGUCUAUAAAAACUGUUAUAUGGAUGGUAAUUCUUCUUAACAAGCCCCAUGUUUGAUUACUGGUGAUAUUAUAUGCUUAUGCUGUGUGAGCUGUUUUAUUCUAACUUUUACUGUAUAUUUUUAUUUGGAAAUUGUGACCGAAAAAUAAGGUUAGCUGAUCUUUUAUGUUUCUGUGUGCUUUGUGAACUGUUUUUGCACAGUUUGCCUCUCAUUCUUUAUCAUGAUAAAUAUCUAAAUUGGAUGAAAGAUGGCUCCGAAUAUUUUGAAUGAUGGUCUCAAGGACAUGGCAUCACACAUCUCAUGUGUUUCCUACUUCUGUUUACAUUUCAUAGUGGCAGUUAGUUGUGUUACUUUUGUCAGUUCUUCCUGUGACAUCCACCCGAAACUGUGUCACAACUACAUCUGUUGUUCCAUGUUAUAAAAGUAUAAAUCCAUUCAUGUAGGUAUAUUUUGCAUGUAAGUAAAACUUUCAAUACUUACACUAUACUUUAUGCAUAAUGAAAGAAUGUUUUGAUUACAUAGAAUUUAACAUCUCCCAUCAUUCAUAUGCAUAAUGCUUGUAGUGUACAAAUAAACUGCAUGCAAGACACUGCUGUAACCCAUUUCAAUGAAACGCCGAAAGAAUAAAGAUUACAUGUACCUCAAGUAUGCCUAAAAUAUUCAUUUAUUUUAUAAUGCUUUAUAAAAUACCUUUGUA